UUUAUGAGUUGCUUGUAUUUACUUCGUUGUCGUUAGCUAUGCAAUUGAGUAUUGGAGUGAAAGCGGUAUCUGCCUCAGGCAAUAACACGUGACCCCGCGAGAGCUGUGUUUGGCCGUUUCUGAUCCUCGCAAUUCCUCCAUCAGACACCGGCGCCAUGGUCUUCCCGGAAACCAACCUCAAGCGAUCCUCGUCAUCCUCGCUGGAUCAUCCAAGCUCCUCAGAUGUAAAGCCAAUCAAACGCCCCUACCACCAUCACCAUCGUCUCCAAACACCCGUUGUCCCAGCCCUGCCGGAACCUGCCAUUGUCGACGAGUCCUGCAUCGACCACGUCUUGGAUCGCUCCAUCGGACAGUAUCUACGAGAAUGCGGAUUUGAUGUCGCCGACCCUGCGGCGCUGGACGCCUUUCGCAGAAUGACGGAGGAAUAUCUUCUGCAAUUCGCCUCGUAUGUGCGCCAGUCGAUGCUCUCCAGCCGGCGCGUCCAACCCAUCCCUCAAGAUUUCGAACAUGCUUUGAUCAGGCAGUCCGUGCCUGUGGCCGACCUUCUCCCGCAUGUGAAACGCCAUCCGAAUAUCGAACCCAUUCCGACCCUUCUACCAAGCCCUCCACCAGAAGAAGACUCCUUCAAGAUUUUGCCCUCUCUAGGCCCGCUGCUCGCCGAUGAGGAUGAUCGCGCCCGCAACGCCUACAUCCCGAAACACUUUCCCGACUUUCCCAGCAAACACACGUAUCGGCACACGCCUGUUUUCACGGAACGAGAGCAGGAUCCGCGCAAGAUUCGGGAACGAGCAACAGAGGAUGGUCGACACGGGGAGGAGGCGUUGCGCAAGCUGGCUCGUGCGGCCUUCAAAGAUAAUCACUCUGGUGCGUCGGUUCGGGAUAAGAAGCCGUGGGGACGACGCGCCGAGAGCAUGGACGGGAUGUUCGAGAAGACAGUAAGGGCACUCGCGAAGAAGAUUCAGAAGCCUGCGACCGGUCCGGGUUCUGGCGCCAUGGAAAUCGACUCGGGGGCAGGUGCAGAAGACAGGACAUCCCGGUCCAAACUAUCGCUAAAUAUAGAGCUGCCUCCGAUCAUCAACUGCGAGCGAGACUUUUGGCGACGGGCGCCCACAUCUGGGAGUCGACGGUCGGAGGACAACAAGCCACCCAGCUCCAAGGAUACCCCCGACCUGUCGAGGGUGGAUAGCUGGCUGCUCUCCGCAGCGCGUUUGCGCUCCUCCUCUUCCUUCGCGAUCCUGAUCGGCUCCCAAGCAGUCGUUUCAACCGUCAAUCCGUUCGCACACCUAUCACAAAGUAACCAAAGCCACCGACCGUCGAAACAGCCGCACGAUCGGCGUGCAAUUCACCACCCCCGGUGCAGGGAUGCCCUCCUGCGGCGGAUUGCACGAGUAUUGCACCAUCUCCAUCAGCUUGCACUUCUCCAGCUCGACGGGACCGCCCUUGCGCCGCUUUUCCUGGAAGUUCUUGGUCACGACGUUGACGUGGUCGGGCAGGGCCUCGGCGGAGAAGACGGGGACGAGAGGGGCCAUUGUAUCCUUCUUCAUGAUCUGUAUCUUGGGAGUGCCGAGAGUGCUAUCUUGAGGCCCCGUCUAGGGGUUCAGGUGCUGGAUGAUCUUCUGGAUGUUUUCACGACGCCGCCUGCUGCACAGGCUAUGGACUUAGAGCAGCCUGUGUCGCAGGAUCUCCCUCCAGACAAUCAAAGGGAACAUGGGGAGCUCUCUGAAAGUCGGCUUCUUCAAUCACAAGGCAACCAUGAUGAUGCGCAUGCAAACUUGUAUAUUCCGCCGUUUGUGAACAGUAACCGUGCAGAACCGGUCCUGGAAAUCUCAAGCAAACUAUCUGCAGCUGGAAAGUCGCAUCUGCUGUACUAUCUCACUGCGGUGGCUAUCCUGCCAUCAGUGUUCAACGACAUUCCCCUGCAUGGCCGCGAAUCAGCUGUGGUGUUCCUAGACACAGACGGCCGGUUCGACGCUGAGCGGAUCAGAACAGUGUUAAGAGGAAUUGUCAAAGCCAGAAUCAAGUCGCUAGCUGAGACAUUGCCCGAAGAAACAUCGGCAAAUGGUAAAUCGUUCGACUGCUCGGACGAAGACGUCGAAGACAUGCUUGUUGUCUGCUUGCAACAUGUCCAUGUCUUCCGUCCGCAAUCGUCAUCGGCUCUGCUUGCUACCCUCCAGCAUCUAGAUGCAUACUUACUCAAUCUCACUCGCCACCUCUCUUCCAACAGACCGGUGCAUGCUAUAUUACUCGAUAGCGCCAAUGCUUUCUUCUGGCAGGAUAAACUGCAGGAUGAAAUUGCCCGCGUGGGGGAUAUCGGACGGCCCGGUGCUGACCUUGAGCGUGAGCGUGCCCAGAAAGAGAACUUCUAUAUAGCAGACCUCUAUGCCGAUCUAGUCGCUGAAUUGAAGCGGUUGCAAAGACUGUUUAGCUGUGUGGUCGUCUACACUACGAUUGUUCAGGGAAAGUCUGCCGGGGCUCAGGGCAACUCGGUGUAUCAACCAUCAGGGCCAUACGACUUAUACAACCCCGGGCCUUCUAUCCCAAGAACACCUUCUUUUCGUUCCUCCCUCCCUGCGCCCUGGGGGACUUUUCCCACGCUGCGGGUUGUCGUUCAGCGGGAUGCGGUUCGUCCGUUUCCGUCUACGAUGACUGCGCAUGAAGCCCAGCGCGGUGCGUCUCAGCGACAGGGAGUCGUCAGUCGCGGGAGGUUCUCCGGGUGGGUGAAUGGGUGGGGCCAAGAAGCCUGGCCGCGACGAGUGCUUGAGGGCCUAGAAGAACACAAUGGAGGCAGGUUCUCGUUUCAUGUAGGGAGAGACGGGGUCGACAUUGGUUGA